AUGCAGAAUAUAUAAGAUUAAAACUAGCUAAGAAUUUCCAAAGAAAAUGAAAGGAAAGUGUCAAUUAUUACUCCAUCUACUAAUCAAGUAGAAUAAUCUAGUAUAGUCAAAUAAAGAAGGAAUAAUAAAGUUCAAAAUUAUCAAGAAAAUGUAAGUCAACUAGAUAAUAAAGCAAAGCAAGGUGGAAGCCCACUUGAUAACUAUAACAGAGGAGGAAGUGAUUUUUCUAACAUCAUCAAUAACAUUUCAAAUGAUUAUAAAUUAGAUGAUUCAUCUGAUAAGAAAGUACUCAACUGUGAUGCAAAUCUAGAUGAUAAUUCAUUUUUGUCAAGUACUCCAAAAGAUUUAAAGAAGCUGAAGACGUUAUAUAACAAUAGUAAACCAUCAGAAUUGGUAAACUUACAGAAAGAAAAAAGAAAAAACUCUUAAAUUAUGAAUUAAACUUCAAACAAUGAUUGUGGUCCAGACUUUAAAUUUCACAUUCAAGCAAACUAAGAGACAAGUUCAUUUAAUAAUUCUGAAAUAAAUGCCACUAGCAGAAGAAAAAUGAUGCGUAAAAGAACUGAGGGCAAUCCUGUAAAUGAUGAUAAUGAAAGUAAAUCAAAUGCAAGUAGAGCUAGGAUGGAUGAUGCGAUGAAAACAAAAAUUUUACAGAAAAUGUUGAAUGUAAGUGAGUACCAAAUAAAUUUCAGCUUCAAACAGUUCAUAAAAUAUAUCUUCUAUCACUUAUUGUUCUUCUAUCUUGGUAUAUUUGCAAAUCUUGUUAUUAUGAUAACUGAUUCGCCUUAAGCUGUAAAUAAUAUGUCUUUUUGGAUUACAACUCGAGAUAAGAUUUCAUUUUUCACACAAUUAUUCUAAUGGUUAUCUAACCUUACUAUUAUUAUGGCUUGGCUACAAAAGUACUUUAAAUUAAGUAAAAACGUAGAAGUUAAUUUGAAUCUAAUUUUCAUGGAGUAAUUAUACUUUUACAACUUUGUUGUGGUUAUGAGAAUUUUCAUUAUUGCAGUAAGAUAUGGUUUUACAUCAGAAUUUAGACUACAAUUACUUAUGAGGUAGAAGUAAGAAUAUGCUUUUAUAGCUAGAGAUUUACUAUUGCCUACAUGGAUUGAGCUUACUCCAUAAGGAAUGGAGACUGAACUUGAGGCAGUAUUAUGGAGAAACUAGAUUGAUGAGAGUAAAUUUAAACUAGGAUUUAUUGAAAAAUUGAAUGAUAAACUAGAUUAGAAAUUAUCAUCCAAAGAUUACUAUGAGAGUAAUAAGUUUAGCAUGAAAGAGUUAUAGUCAACAUUAAAUGGAUUAGAGAAAACUAUCAAGUUUAGAGAUUAAAAAAUCAGAUCAAAUGAGAUAAUUCUUACAGAGGAAAUGGAGAUGUUUGAAAUCCACAAGGUAGAAGAUGCAAAUAUAUCAUAUAAUUUUGAAAAGAAAUAUGAUGCUAGUUUACUACUUAAAGAAAUCGCACUUUUUUCCUCCGCUCAUUAAACUUCUCUUAAGGUGUUUCUAAUUGUAGCUACUUUUGGAAAGUUAUCGCUCCCUUUCAUCAUAAGAGGUGCUAUGCAUGGUUAGUUUCUACUCGAUUGGGAUAGUGCUAUUUACACAGCUAUUGAAACUCUCGCUUCCUCAUUUUUCCUAUUACAAAACUACAUCUUUCUGGGAGCAGGUCAUGUUGAUUUCCAAAGAAGAUUUUAUAUGAUAAAGUACAUUAGUUCGCUGAUCAAUCCAACCAAAUAAAGUCUUGAGAUAAUGUACCAAAUUUCUCCUACAAUAAAUUUAGUUGACAGAGCAAGCUUACACAUUUGGUUUUAGCUAAGAUGCUGUACCAUGGACUUUGGUUAAAAGUACUAACGGAGAAUAUUUGUUUACUCCUCUGUAUUUCUUGGAAUGUAUCUAGUUUAUGGAGGGAUAAUACUAUUAAGUUACUUUGAUUUUUUGGUGGUAAGAUUUUCAACUAUUUUUAAUGUGUACUGUCUAUAUGAUAUUUUACUAACAUUCGGAGUGAUUUUGGCAAUGUUUUAAUAUGGUGCUCUAAUAAAUGAACAAUUCAUGGAAGAUAAACUCUAGUUAAUUAUAAUAAAACAAAAACUGAUUGAUGUGAAAUACUCAUUGGAUGACCUACUAUCAAACAAGAAAUAGCUGUGCUAGUAUACUAAAUUGUUCCAAAAAAUCAUUAAGAAUUUAAAGUAAACACUGAAAAAUAAAGAAGCUAUUUAGGAAAAAAUUAAUGAAGUUAUUGAUGAAAUAGAUGUCAUUAAGGAAAGAUUAGAGGUAGAAUAUGUGUAAAGACCUUUAAAAAUAAUGGGAGUAACAGCAUCAUUUUAGCUUUUGAAUCAAAUAUAUACAACUUUAUUUACUGUAGGAGUAGCUGUAGCAUAAAAAUUCUACUCAAGAAAUUCUUGA